CUGCAUGCAGGGACCUGAGCUGCCUUCCGAAAAUACGGUAGUUCCGAGUUAGUACAUGGGAGCAAAGGAUCAAAUCUUAGCUAGUGCUGCAUACAGUGCUUGCUGAUCUUUGCGUCUUGCUCUUCCAUCUGUGGCUGGCACUCUUAGUAACAUCUCUCAGUUUGCGGAAUUCAGGACCUCAUACAAUCAUAUUAUUCUGGGAGUGAGUGACGCAACAGCUUCUCUUAUGGAAGUCUGUCAGCAGGGCGCUAGGCUGUGCCCCUCGAAGCUUCCUCUUGAUGGAUCCAUAUGCAAGAUUGGCAGAGAUGGCGUUGUGCAGAACUGCAGGAGCGGGCGCUUUUGCAUGUCUUUUCACAGCAUUUGGUCAAAAGGCCAGCCGGCGCUUCCUUCGCGUUGUCCCCUGUUUGUGCAUCCAAGUAAAAGGCCAAGCCACCUGAGACACACACCACAUAGAGGACAGUACAUGCGAAGAACUGCACAUGAGAGACAGACUUUAAGAGCUAGCACCUCGUCAGAAGGUCCUGGAGAACAAGAGAAUGAUAGGAGCGCAGACUCUGAGUCUAAGAAUCCAAGCGCGGGUGGUGCAUUCGAAAGGGGAGGUUUCGAAGCAGCUUCGGACAGCAGCAAGCCGUCCAAUUUUGCUUCAGACAGUGCUGGAGUGUCCAAUCUUCGGCCCCCAAAGAUAGCGAUGGUGGACGAGGAGAGCAUUGGGGGGUCCCGAUUUGAUGUGGCAGUCCGAGCAAUGAAGGGGGAUUUUGAUCCACCCAAAGCUUCUGAGGACACAGAGAAGCGAUCGCUUCUCGAGGCGCUCGUCCAGUUCCCUUCGUUUUACACCUUUUCAAUAGUUGGAAAGGUAGAGACGACAUCGAAAGCUCCCGGGAAAGUUUUUACAAAGGACACGCUAGAGACAGUCGAGCGAAUUUGCGGGACGAAGCUGGCCACCGGUCAUUACUCCGUCAGGGAAAAGGCUGGGGGCAAGUAUAUCUCGAUGCGGAUUACGACUCUAGUACAAUCCGCAGACCUCGUGAAAGCUACCUACGACGAGUUGCUGAAAGACCCGAGGGUCAUUAUGGCUUACUAGCAUGUCACAUUACGUGCUCCUGUAAGCUGCGGUGUUGACGUAAGCAAUUGUCUGAUAGUCGAGUUGAAUAAAGCAGAAGCAUGUAGGUUGUUUAGGCAGAGACGUAGGAAGACCAAGAGCUAGAGAUCGAUCAGUCCAGGAGAAAUUUCCUAGAGGUCCCACCAUUGCUGGCACCGCUUGGGUAGGAGAGCCAGAUGAAUGUACAAACAUAGUGACGAUCAACUAGGUUGAAGAGGGAACUUGAUCUGCAAUUUUGUCGAUUCGUCGACUUGCUCGCAUCCAGAGUAAGGCCCGUGUGCCGGGGCAUGCAUUGACCUGGCUUCGCCGUGACGCCCAAG